UCUACGCUUUCGUAUUAUUUUUCCUUGAGUGUAGCCAUGAAACAUAGCUUGAGAUUCAUUGUGAUUCAUAUCGGGAUUCUACUACAUUUCCCAUGAUCCCACACGCCGGAACUGGAAGCGCAAAGCGGAAGCAUGCGAAGAGUGACCCGGAGAUCCUGUGAGGAUGGACCGCUGCUGGAGGAACAGGAGACGGAGGGCCAGCGGCAGCUGCACAGCCUCCUGCUGCAGCAGCUCCACACCAACACCGACAUCGACCGAUGUGUAGCUAAGAGGCAGUGCUUCGCCCCGGCGGCACUCUAUCGGCCGUUUGGGGAGCAGGCAGCCGGAGUUAGGAGCUUGUCCCAGUUCCAGGCCUUGCAGGACGGGGAGAAAGAGCAGGCCAGCCUGCGGGAGCUGGGCCUCACGGACGCUGAGAUCCAGCUGUGGCAGAGCAGAGACGCACCAGAGUUAGCAGAGAAGUCCCAUGGUGUGUGCGCAGCUCCGGGGGCGAAGCAGCAGCGCCUGCAGGCGAUCAGGGACAAGAUCGAAGCCAGGGCGGAGCUCCUGUCCCGUCCACAGCGCUUCGCCAGCAGCCGGCCGCUGUCACGCCGGGAGAUGGAGAUUGAACGAGCGCUGUUCCAGGGAAACGACCGCCUAGGCUUCCUCACCGCGCUUUACCAUCAAGAUGAAGAUAACCAGGAGGGCCAGCAGGGGGCGGCGUCCUCUGAUCCAAUGGACUCUCUCUACAGAGAUGUUCUCAGCAAGGACAGACAACAGGGUUCACUGCUGGACUCUGAGGGAGAAACAACUGCAGCAUCACACCUGUCUACACACAGAACUGUGUCUGACCAAUCACAAAGCUCACGGACACACAAUGACCAAUCCGAAGAAACGGGGGGUGAAGAAAAUGGAUCAUCGGACCAGCCAGAGACAAGUUCAGAUACCUCGAAGCAGCAGCAGCACACUCAGGACAGACAGGAGCGAGCUGCUCCAGUCAAGAUAGAAAUAAACCAGCCAAUCGGCAGUCUGUGUGGAGCGGUGAAGGCGGGGUCAGGAGGACCGCUGACUGUCAGAGGGGAGAUUGAAACAAUUACAGACGAAGAAAUCCUGCAGAACCGCGAAUCUGAGGAAGGGAUCAGGAGCAUCCCGAGGUUCCGAAACUACCGGCCAGGAAUACCCUCCAAGGUGCUGUGUGUGAAGAACAUGAGUGCACAGGCGUCAGUGGCCCAGCUGGUGGCGGUGUUCUCCAGGUUCGAGCCGGAGAACGGGCCUCCAGUCAUUUACCGCCUGCUGACUGGGAGGAUGAAGGGUCAGGCCUUCAUCACUCUGCCAGAUGCUGAGACGGCCCAGAGAGCCUUGCUGCUGGUCCAUGGAUACCGGUUGCUAGGGAAACCUUUGGUGGUUGAGUUUGGCCGUGAGCGACAGGAAGACGAGAAACAGAAAGAGAAUGAAGUGCAGGAGGAGAAGAAAUAAAAAAACAAAAUGAAAUCUUUAGUCAUGACAACAACAUGGAUCCUCUGGAGUUGUGAAUAACAGGCUGAGAUGGAUGUAAUUGUAUAGUAUUUAUUUUUUCUUCAUCUUUGCCAGUUUCAUAUUAAUAAAUAUCUUUUUUAUGCCAAACUACCAUUUAU